AUGGCAUACAAAUUAGAACUCCUUUUCUUUGUAUACCAAUGGCAGUACCGGCGAACUGGUAUGGGAGCCCAGAGUUCAGGGGGAACUCCGGCAGCGAUGGAGCUAUGCUCGGCUGAAAACGUCGUCGUCGUCGCUGAAUCGUUUACGGAACGGCUUAUGGGGUUAAUACUAUAUCCACACAAAGAGGAACUACGAGUGAUGACACGUGAGACGAAGAAAGGCUAUAUACCGUACAGAAGUGGUGGUUAUGGGGCCUAUCACGAAAAACGUCAAUACGAUCUAUCACCGCGAUCAAUUGGUUCAGCAGCAGACUACAGUAGCGGAGGGUCGGAACAAUCAUCACCGGCAUCGAGCUUUGAAAGAAACGCGGACGAAAUCCUUCUGAUGACUUAUCAUUCGAGGAAAACCGUUGGUACAUCGCCAAGAAGAAAUCGCGACAAUUGGAUUCGUUACUAG